UAGCGACCUCACUUCCGGUAAACGGUUACAUCUUUUUCCCUUUUGUGAGCCACAUUAGCAUUUUUGCUUUACAGUGUUUACCAGUUAUACUUAUUUUUAACUCUACAUAUACAUUCCUGUAAAAGAGAGCGGAGUGUCGUCGCCGCCGGAAGUAUAACGGACCAAAGGAGGGCAGCAUCAUGUCUGCAGAACUGGACCUGUCUCCUCCAGAGGUCCCAGAGCCCACAUUUCUAGAGAGCUUACUGCGCUAUGGGCUGUUUCUGGGCGCCAUCUUCCAGCUCAUCUGCAUCCUUGCAGUUAUCUUCCCGACAUCCAAAGGGCACGAACAGGAGGAGACUGAGUCUUCUGAUGGCAAAGCUGCUGAACAGAUGAAGAAACCUAAAGGACCAGCACCUCAGAUUCGACAGAAACCGAAGAAAGAAAGCAAAAAGAAGCGAUAGUGUGUGUGUGUGUUACAUGAUUGUGCGAAUGGGCUUGUUACGUUGUCAGUGAGUCAACAUCGGCAGUUACCAUUACAGUUAUCUCUACAAGUAUAUAAAACACUACAGUUGUAUAACGACAAUAAAAAAAAAAGACAUGCAUUGAAUUGGAGACAUGAGAAUGACAUUGAACUAUUCAUCCUGUUCACAUUCAACAGCAUACAAAGACGUGUCAUGUCGUUUGCUCACUGUUUAUGCAACUACAUAUGAACUACACAAGAUUUUUGGACAGAUUUGUUUUGCCUUUUUUUAUAUAAUUGAAUAUGAUUGUAGUUGAAUUCAAUUGGAAAAAUAAAUGCAGUGUAUUCACCUUGA